GAUUACCGUUAGCAGUUUACCGAAAUGUGCUUCUGGUUGUAAAAUGUCCAGAAGGUAUAAAUAGUCUCAGUCCUUCUGGAUAAAGCCUACAGUAGUUCAGCGAAAAUGAAACUGUUGGGGCUUUUGGUGUGUUUGGUUGCCGCCGUUGCGGCUGCUCCUCACUCGGACUACAUUGAGCUGGCCCGUGGAGGACGUGUGGUCGGUGGUAUCAACGCUCUACCCAAUGAGUUCCCAAGCAUUGUGUCGAUCCAACGUUUGAUCCUUACCCUGUCGGCCCACAUCUGCGGUGGAACCAUCAUUAACCAACGCUUUGUUCUGACCGCUGCUCAUUGUAUCACUGAAUCGCCCGAAAAUGCCCGCUUCGCCAUUUGGGCUGGAUCUCACGAUAUUACCAAUCAGGAAAGUGCCCGACAAGUGAUCAACGUUGAAGCUUCUAUCGUUCACCCUGAAUACCUUGGUGGAGUCAACCCAUCGGAUGUGGCUGUCAUGCGCCUGGCUGGUUACCUGAACUUCAACGCCUUUGUCCAAGCAGCUAACCUGCAGCCAGCUGGUGCUGUACCUCAGCCUGGCCCAGCUACUCUCGCUGGAUGGGGAAGCACCUCCACCACCAACACACCGUCGAUGCCUGCCAUCCUGCAGAAGGUCGUGAAACCCAUCAUCGAUUACGAUAGCUGCGUUGUGGCCAACGGUGGACCAGGAAACAGCCCACUGGGACCAACCAACGUUUGCACCGGACCAUUGACCGGAGGAAUCUCUGCCUGCUCUGGAGACUCCGGCGGCCCACUGUACGUCAUCGCCAAUGGUGUGCAGACUCAGGUCGGUAUUGUGUCUUGGGGAUGGAUGCCUUGCGGAUCGGUUGGUCGCCCGUCGGUCUAUGUUGGUAUUUCUCACUACCGUCAAUGGAUCGAUACCAACUCAGCGUAAAGAAGAAAUCUUGAGUAAUAAAUUCGCUUUUUAGGUUAUUAAA